AUGGCUACCACUCAGUUCGCCAUGGUUGAGGAGCUGGCCUCGCUCAUCAAGGAUAACCUGCACAGCAAGCACCUCAUCCUCUCCACCGAGGAGUCCCUCAUCGCAGCCCUCCAGCAGCUGCACUGCCGCGACGGCGACGGCGACGGCGACGGCGACGGCGACCUUGAAGAGGACGACGACGCGGCGGAUACUAUAGAGCUCCAGCCUGCCGGGGCCUACCACCGCCUUCUCUUGCAUCGCCUUGCUGAAAUUUAUGGGUUCGCUCAUGAAUCGGUUGGUGAAGGCGAGGAUCGACAUUUAGUCCUCCAGCGCUGCCCUGAAACAGCCAUCCCAUCUGUCCUUGUUAGUGAUAUGUUAUGGAAGUUUGAUUGCAGUGAUGAUUUGACGUCUGUUGUGCUAACCAGAAAUGAUACAGAUUUUCAAAAACCUCAGAAGGCAGAUGUUGUCCAAGAAGCUGUUUCUGUUAAAAACUCGCAUCUGAAAGACAAUACAGACCUGAAACCUCUGAAGCAGCCAGCAGUACUUCCAGCAGCAUCAUUGAAGGAGAGGGAAGCUGCUUAUCGAGCUGCUCGCGAGCGUAUCUUCUCUGGGGAUGGUGCCAAGGGAAAUGAUAGGUCACAUAUGAAAUGUAGACAGGUUCCUGUUGUUGCUCAACGGAUGAUUGCCCAUGCACUCGGUCAAAAGGUUCAAAAUACCACAGAGACAGUUGCCUCCACAGAAAGCAGAGGAAAACAGCUGUUGAAUGGGAAAAAUAUUCCAACACAUAGCAGGAACAACUUCUGCCCGGUUACACCAGAUAAUAGAGAAGCAGUUCGAAAUGGGAAGCCAAACUCAGCUGGUAGUAACUCGAAUCAAACUCCAUCAAACCAAAGGUGCCACACAACUAAUGCUAGAGCUGUUACUGCUGAAAGCUUGAAGAAAGAGCAGACUGGAGCAGCUAAAAGAAUGUUUGCACAUGCGCUGGGGCUGUCUGCAGCUCGAGGAAGUUAUGGUGCACUGCCCAAACCGAAGUAA